AUGGCGAGGUGGGUCGGGAGCCUCCCGGAGCGGUUGCUGGGGCAGGCUGCCACCGGGAUUUGCUGCUGCUGCCAGGGCCUGCUCCAAUUCCUCACUCCCGGCGGCACCACCCGUCUGGACGUCGACCGCCUGAAUGAGAAGCUGCGGCCGGAGGGCGCAGCCCGGUGUCGGCAGAGCAUGUUCCCUGACGAGGCGCAUGGCCUGAUUUUUGACUGGGACGAUGUGAUCGCCGACACGGCCGGCCUCCAGCUGGCCGCCUGGCACGACCUGGCGGCGCUGGAGGGCUUGAGCCUGGAGGCCGGCAUGCGGAGGCGGGGGGCCCUGCUGGACCUCCGACCCGAGCGAGCCAUCCACGAGGUUCUGGGCUGGACGAGGGACUGGGUGCGCGCGCAGGCGCUGGCCCGCCAGCUGGCGGCCCUGUACCUGGCGCGAGUGGAGGCCUCGCCCGCCCCCCUCCCCGGCGCGGCGGCCUGGCUGGCUGUCGCCGCGCGCCACCGCAUACCCUGCGCGCUGGUGACGUGGCUGGAGGAGAGCUGCGCGGCGCGCCUGCUGGAGGCCUGGGGCCUGACCUCCGCCUUCCAGGCCGUGAUCGGCGCGCGCAUGGGUGCGGAGACCCAGGCCGAGCGCCUGCUGUGCGCGGCCUGCGCGCUGCGCCGCCCGCCCGAGCGCUGCGUCGCCUUCUCCGCCUGCCCGGGCGCCGUCACCGCCGCCCACAACUGCUCCAUGCGUGCGGCGGCCGUGGCGGGGAAGCACCCGGCCUACGCGCUUGCGGCGGCCGACGUGACCGUGGCCUCCCUGGCCGACCUCUCCGUCGUCAACGUGCGCCGCCUGUUUGCCGACGCGGGCACCCAGCGCAUGGACCUGUGCAAGCAGGAGGCGCGGGCGGAGGGCCGGUCACGCCCACGGAGAGUGACCACGGGGGAGACCCCUACCUGA